GAAUGGGUUUUCUUGACAAAAUAACUAAUAUAACUAUCGUAGAGCCUAAUAAUCCUCAGGCUGUUGUUCUUAGUACCUCUAAUCCUCAAAUUGUUUUUAGUAAAGAAAUUGCAAUUAGUGUUACGAAUUACGUAGGUGGUCAAUUUAAUUCAGCAUAUGGAUACGUUGGACCAUGUAGUUCCACUAUUUUAGCGUGGGUCGAAAUUGUUGGACAACCUUAUCUUGUCAUUUUUGACGUUGACAAUACUCAAGUUGGUUUUGCAGAAACAUUAUGGGGAGUGCCUAAUUAUGAAUUUUUA